UAGUCGAGAGUUGGAAAUGGCACUUUCUCUCUCACAAUUCCUGCCAUCUCCGCUGUCGAUAAGAACACCCACCGGAUAUCGAAACAUCCCACCAAUCAAAUCCACCCUCAAUUUCACCACCACCACCACCACCAUUCUCACCGCCAGAAACGGGAACAAAGACCACCGAUUCGCCGUCAUCGUCAACGCCGCCGAAGAACGACAAGAACAACCCACAACCGCAGAAUCAGAAACCACCCAAAAACCUCCCUCCGAUGAGGAAUUAUCUGAACUGGGUACUGAGAUCAAGAAGGCGAUGAUGGAGAGAGAGAUUAGGAAGGAUGAAAGUAUAUGGGGUGGAGUAGCGGAGGAGAUUGGACAGAUUGAGUGGCCGGCGUUCAAUAAGGUCAUCGGAACGACGGGGGUUGUGCUUGGUGUUAUUGCUGGUUCGAGUGUCGUUCUGCUUACUGUUAAUGCCGUUUUGGCGGAGCUUUCCGAUCGGGUAUUCGCCGGCCGUGGGGUUCAAGAUUUUUUUGGAUAAUGGGAAGGAGAAGCUGGAAUCAAGUGUGAGAAGCUCUAUGUUUGUACUGUGUUCUACCCCCUCUCUGAUUGCACCACGUCAUCAUGUACCAAUUAGUGUUGCAGUAUAAUCAAUUUUGUGUUUUUUU